AUGUCGAACGUGCUGAAAAUAGUUGUUAUCCUAGUUACAUUUUUAUUAACAUGGAGAUUAAGUUAUUCUGUCACCUAUAAACUUACAAAUGUGAUUUGCGAAAGCCGCAACCAAUCAUGGGUAACAAUUAAUGAGUGUCGCUUGAAGGCUGUCAAUCGAAAUAGAACCGUUUUCAACUUUAAUGCAACCAUUCAUCAUCCGACUAAUGACGUAGUAAUAGACUAUAGAUUUCUGAAAAGGGAAAACGGAUAUAAGCCAUGGUUGUACAAAAAGAAUAUCGACGGAUGCCGAUUUUUAAGAAAACCCUAUGAUAUGUUAACAAAAAUGAUAUAUAUGGUUUUCAAGCCCUUUUCAAACAUCAAUCACACUUGCCCUUUCUAUGGAGACAUUUUAAUAAGAGGAAUGUAUCUCAGAACUGAAAUUAAGGCAAUGCCGUAUCCCUCCGGAAAAUAUAUGCUGCAGAUUAACUGGAGUUUUUAUAAGAAAAUUCAGGUCGUAACUAAUAUAAGUUACGACUUCAUUGAAAAUUUGCUAUAA